AUGCAGCAGCUGCAGCAACAACAGAAGCAGCAACUACCAGAGCAGCGUCAGACUCAACACGAACGGCAGCUACACCAGCAACAACCACAGCAGCAGCAGCAACAGCAGGGUCGCGACCUAUUGGAGGACAGCCGUGGUGAGCUGCCUCUGCAAGAGCAGCAACCUCAGCAGCAGCAACAAACACAACACAAUGUGGAACAGGAAAUGGAGCCUCAACACCCGUUGCGGCAGCUGCAGCAGCAGCAACUGCAGCAGGAACAGCAGCCACUGAAGCACCAGCAACGGCGGGCGUUGGAGCAAAAGAAGGAGCAGUUCCUAGAGCAGAAGCAACAGUCGCGGCAGCAACACGGGCAGCAAAAGCAGAAGCAGGGCCCUCAUAACAGCAUCAAUGGGAGAUCUCCAUCAGCAUUUCUCCACUCGGAGAUGCAUCGUCGACGCAGCAACGGCAGUACCUGCAGCAGCAGGAGCAGCAGCAGUAGCGGGUACAGCAGCUUCUCUGCAUGCAGCAGCAGUGGCAGCUCCGACGAAGAUGCAUGUUGCAUGCGCACAUCAGCCCGUUCGGCAGCAGGAGGAGCAUCAGGAGGAGCAGCAGAUCCAGGCCCAGAUCCAGACCGUCCACCAGCAUCGGCAGCAUCCCCCACACAGGCAGCAGCAGCUACAGCAGAGGCAGUAGGAGCAGCAGCAAAACGACGGCGGCGUGGAUGGGGUUUGGGGUCCGAAGGGCAGCUGCUGCAGGAAGGAGUGCAGUCUUGCAGCAGGUCUUUUUCCUUGUUUUGCAAUUGUCUUUCCUUAGGGCAGAUCGAGUUAGGAAAGGCAUUUAUUCAACUAGCAGCAAGAGACAAUAUAUCUAAAACUCUUGCUGCUCUAUCUAGUAUCCUGCUGUGGGGACCCCCUCCUCCUUGGCUUCCUUCUGCUGCUGCACCUACCACCGCACAUCUUAUCUGGUGCUGCACCGAAGACCUAAAUGAAAUCCUCAGCCGCAUCACCUGCAGCAGCAUGAGCAGCAGCAGCAGCAAGAACAACAAUGCAAUGCACCGACGCACAUCAGCCCCAGAGCAUGCCGCAACAGCAGACUCCCGCAUGCGCAGCAGCACUCCAGCAGCAGCAUCUGCAGCAGCAGCAGCGCCUGCCACACAAGCAGCAGCAGGAGCGGCAUCGCCAACAGCAGCUACAGCAACAGCACCAAGAAAAAGCCGCCGCGUGCCACUGCAUGAAACUCUGCCAAUGUGGCUGCUGCGUCGCAACCAUUUUGACUUGCUGCUCUCUCAGGCAGUCUUAGAUUGUGCUUCUAGCGGCAUGGCCUUCUCUGCUGUUGCUGCUGCAGAGCUGCGGCAGCUGCACGCUGUGCUCCUGCUUCUGCGCUGCCAGGGAGCCCUCAACUUCGUCGUCCCAGCAGCACCCAGACCCGGCUGCAGCAGUAGCAGCAGCGAUUGCCCGCCUGAAGUGCUGCAGCUGCCAGCUGUGUCGUUGCUGCCCGUCGCAGCCAUAGGCUGCCAGCGCUUUGCUUCUGCAGCAGUGUCUCUACACGACACCCUAAAACGCUUCGUGAGGCAGCAGCAACAGCAGCAGCAACAGCAGCAGCAACAACAGCAGCAACAGCAGCUGCUGCCAUUGCUCUCUGCUGGUACGCUGCAACAAAUGCUGUUGCUGAUGGCUGCGCAGCCAGCACUCGCAGACGCAAUCGCGCAAACGCUUGGAGCCUUCCCACAGGGGGCAUGGGUCACCCGCAGCAGCGGCAGCAGCAGUAGGAAGCAAGGGGAAUAUGGGGGGGAGCAGCGCGAGGCUGCAGCAACACCCGGUGCUGUGCCGGCCUUGCUGUUGCUGCUGCCGCUGUCUACUGCUCGGUGGGGUCUUACCAGCAGCAACAGCAACAGCAGCGAGCAAAUGAAGGAACUUAGACGGCUCAUGGGGCGAAUGAGAACACGACUAGAAGCACAGGAAUCCGUUGCUGUUGCUUCUGGUGCUGCGACAGCAGCGUUCCCAGUUCCCAAGUCGCCAGCAGCCUCACGCAGCACAAACGGCAGCAACAGCAACACUAGCAGCAGCGGCAGUAAUAGCAGCGGCAAAGUAUUCAUAACGAAUGCUCGCGAUGCAGCAGCAGCAGUGGGAGCAGCACGGUUGACGAACGCAGCAUCGCCGAUUGCAGGAAAAUCAGCAGCCAACACGGUUCCAACUGCUUCUGCAGCAAAACAGCAGCAACAGCAGCAGCAGAGGCAGCGGGAGUUGGAUGGGUCUCUGUCGUUGUUCUUUUGCUCCCUUGUGCUCCGGCUACAGCAGCUCCGUGUUGCUGUUGCUGCUGAGACAUUGCUACUGCCACCUGCAGCAGAUGGCAGCGACGAGCUGUACAUACACCUAAGGCUGCUGGACCCCACAAAGUCAUUGUUACCGCUGGUUUGUCCGCUGCAGCAGCAACUCGAGGCUGCACUGGCAAGAGGCAGUGCUGCAAGGCUGCCGGGUGCUGCGAUGUACAGACAGCAGGCGCUUCGCAUAGGCAGCCUCAAUAUCUUCCGUCUGUUUGUUCUCAUUGUUGCUUGGUUAGAAAUUGUCCCCUUUCCCGCUGAUUCUGCAAAUGCAGCAGCAGCAGCACCUGCUGCUGGAUCUGCUGCGGAAGAUGAUGCAGGCGGCGGUUCAUCUUUUCCUGCAGGUGCUCCGGUUGCAGCAAACGCCGCAGGAGUAACAGCAGCAGCAAGGCGGAUGAAACAGCAGACAAAUUCACUUCAGCAGCAGCUGGCUAUUCUCGUGAGGACAGCUCUAGCGAGCCCCGCCGCUGCGAGCGCUGCUGCUGCUACUGGUGGGAGUGCGGCCAGUGGUGGUUUUGCUGCAGAUUAUAGCAGCAGAGCAGCAGGGCAAUCGACAGAGACAGCAGCAGGAGCUGCUGCUGCUGCCGAGUAUCGCGUGAAAAUUCAGCAGGAGGGGCAUGUGCGAGCGAGAGACAUGCAGAAGCAGCAAGAGCAGCAGCAGGAGGAACAGCUACAAUGUCCGCUGCAAGGUCUUGGCUGGGUUGAUCUUGCUGCAGCAGAGGAUGUUGUUAGGGAGGUGUUUGCUGCUUUUAGUGCUGCAGGACUGCAGCACGACACAGAGAAACAGCAAGGACCUGCUGCAGUCGCUGCUGUGACGGACGCCGCUCGCAGGUUGCCGUCACCGUCGCCUGCCGCAAAGCCGCGUGCAGCAACUGAUGGUGCUGCUUCUAAUAUUGUGUCGCGCUUCUUCCCCCCUUUCCUCAGUCAGCUUGCCCCUCCUGCUGCUGCUGCAGACUUGAAGCAGCAGCAGCAGCAGGAAGCGCAACAGCCAUCGCAACAAACUAGACGGGGACCUGAGGACUCCGCAGAAGCAGCAGCACGAGGAACCGCUGCGGGUGAAGCGUCACCUGCACACGUCCGUAGCAGGUCUCCAAUUCCGUUUGCUGCUGAUCAAGAAGCGGGAAGCAGCAGCAACAGCAGCAGUGAGGAAGCAUCAGAUGUGGGGUUUGGUCGGAUUCCCGUAUCACACGGGCACGGGGAGAGACGGAAUGCUCUACGGCUACACGUCUACGAGGCGCUACUGGCCCACGAGCCGCUACUGCACGUGCCUGUCUCCCUACAGUGUAAAAGCAGCAGCAGCACCAACAGCAGAAACAGCAGCAAGGUGCUGCAGUACAUUGGGCUGCAGCUGUUCUGCCAUCUGGACGCGUGUUGGCUGCGGCUCAGAGCAGCGGGCAGCUCCACGCCCCUCCCCCUUCUGUCUCUUGCUGCCGUCCCGAGGCACGCAACCAGCAGCAGCGCCACCACCAGCAGCAAUGGUUGCGUAGUUGCUGCUGUCUGCAAGCCUCCCCCUUCACCGGAUGGCUGUACUUCUUCCGCUGUCCCGGAAGCAGCAGGAGAAGCUGUUUCUGCAGCAGUGGCGGCCACUGCCGCGGGGCGGACAUGGGAGGCAGAGGUCGAUGCCUCAACAGCAGCAGCAGCAGCGGCAGCGGACGAGGCCAUACUGAGUAAGGCACUGGGGAUUGACCGGCCGCAGGUCUUCUGGGCUGCUUAUUUUCGAUUUGUGUUGGAAGCAAAUGAACACUGUCUCCUUCUCCCCCUCAAAGCUGCUGUCUCCUUCGUUGUCUCGAAGAACCCUGCAGCAGCGUCGCAGGUGCUGCUGCCCUUUCCGCAGCUGCGUGCUCCAGUGCUGUUGUUAGCGUGGGAUGCCUUCAAGGGACAGAUGGAGAGGAGACAACAGUUGCUUGAUUGUCUUUGCUGCUGCCACGUUACUGCUGCAGCUGCAGGAUCCGUUUCAGCAGCAGAAGCCACGCUCCUUUGCCCCGCGCAUGCCUGCGCCCAUGCAACAGCAGCAGCAGCGGCAGCAGCAACUGCACCGCAUGUCAAGGAAGCAGCAGCGCAGCAACAGCCUCUUCUUCGUUAUGCAUGUGACGCCAAUAUGCAACAGCAUAUUGAGGUGCUGCGGAGCAGAAUGGCAGCUGCAUGGUUUGUAGCAGAUUUGCUGCUGCAGCUUCAAGCUGCUUUCCAACAGCAGCAGCAGCAAGAGCAGCAGGAAAAGCAGCAGCAGGCCAAACAAAACCAGAGGCAGCAACGUAGACAGCAAAGAAUGCUGCAGCGGGGAGGUAGACAAGCUGUUGCUGCUGCGAGUGCUCUUCACAGCAGCAACAGGGACGCAGGUAAUUUAACCGGUGCUGCUGAGAGACAACCAGCAGCAGCCGCGGGCUUGCUGCUGCAACCAGAGGCUGUGGAGGCCCUUGCUGCAGCAGCAAGCCAAAGAUGCAAAGAAGCACAAGCUGCUGCGGCACGGCUACAGAGUCUGUUCGGCAGCACUGCCUGUGCAACAGCGGCGGCAACAGCAGCGGUGGCAGCACCUGCAACACUUGACACGGCGUAUAAUGGUGAAGAUGCUUCGGGUGCAGCAGCAGCAGCAGCUUCCUCAAUCCGCAGUGCUGCUGCUAUGCUAAGUAGCAGCAGCAGCAUAGCAGCAGGGGCUGCUGCACUUGCUACUAUGCGGGAAGCUAUUGCAGCAGACAUAUAUGAAGCAAUGGAGACUCAAUCCCUUCUGCUAGCACUGUCCCUUCGGGCUCCGCUGUCGCUUGUCGAGGAGCAGCCAUUUCUCUCUGGCCUGUCUGCUCUUCCACCAACACAUUUUACCAUCUUCGAAGUGGAGAGGCAGCAUGACAAAGAUGUUGCUGCUGCUUACUUUGCCUUACGGGCAGCUAUACGUCUUAUUGAAACCUGCAGCAGCAACAGCAGGAGCAGAAGUAACAGCAGCGGCGGCGGCGCCACGGCAGGGCAGCGGCACUGCGAGGCGGCAGCAGCUGCAGCAGCUGCUGCUGAUGGCCUGGCACAGUACCCCCAGCAGCAGACAAAAGCUCCAGCAGCGGAAGCAGCAGCAUCCACUGCAGAAGCACCAGCAUCAACAGCACAGCUGCAGGAGAUCCUUAUUCAGAGCGUCCGCUGCCUGGACAGGCUCCUCUCAGAUGUGCAGAGACCACAGUACCGUUUAUGGCUUCUGCUGCGUCUGGUGUCUCUUUUGUUUUCCUCAACUGCAGCAACGAAAAAGGAGCAGCAGCAGCAGCACGAGAGAGACAACCAAGGGAGCAGCAGCAACAGCAGCAGUAGUUCCGGUAGCAGCAGUAGCAGUAACAGCAGCAGCGGCAGCAGAAGCGGCGGCGGAGCCUUUGUGGUGCCGCCAGCUGUGCUCAUAUCGCUUGCACUUCUCAUCAGGACGCAUCUGCUUUCUUUGCAGAGGUCUGAGGGUCUUGGGGAGGUGGGGUGGAUUUUGCUCAACUCCAUGCAACAUUUUGUUGAGUGUUCCGUUGGCGACCAUGAAGCAAAGCAGCAGCAGCAACGGGAUAUAGAAUGGCAAAACCAGCUCCGCUGCAUCGGCGUGUACUCCAUUGAGGUUUCUCCUGCCAGAAGCAGCGACGGCAAGAGCAGUAGGGGCUGCAGGGUCGACGGCAGCAGCAUCGAGGAAGCAAGCCUUGCCCCAGAACGCAACACCAGCAACAACAGGAGCGAAGACCCCACCGACCCCACCACCAGUACUAGCAGCACUAUCAGCAGCAGGAGCAGCAGGAAACACCACUUGGCGUGCCAUACGACACCUUGUGCUUCUCUCCUCUCUCUCGAUGCCGAUCCCUUUGCUCGUCGUUUGCUGCAGCCUCCGUCGCUGUUCUUAGCGAGGGCCCUGCAGCAAAAUGACACCGCCACUGCAGCGGAAUUGCUGCAGCAAUUCGAGCUGCCAGUACACCUCAAAAUUAGCGCGGAGCUUGCAGAAUCCUUUGGGUGUUUGCGAGACACCCUCAGCUCCCUCCCAGCUACUGACGCCGCUGAUAGUGCUGCUGCUGGUGUUGCUGCUACUGCUGUCGCAUCGCCCCUUGAAAAGUGUCUUUCUGCACUGAGCAAAUCGUGUGUGUCACCUCCAGCACCUCCUGCAGCAGCCCCAACUGCAGCAGCAGCGGCAGAUGAAGUUAAACCAGGCUGCGUGUUCAACGCCUGUCUCUCAACAUACUGCGAUGCAGCAACAGCAGCAUCCGUUGCUGUGCUGCUCGACAACCCCAGGCUUGCUGCGGUGUAUGCAUGCGUUGAUGCUGCUAUUGCUGCUGCUGCUCCUGCAACUGUGUCGCUUCUGCUGUUGCAGAGGGCCACAGAAGAGCUGAGGACUUUUUCACCGCACCAACCUGUGCAACAGAGACCGCUGCCAGCAGCGGAGAUGCCAGCAGCAGCAACAGCAACAGACAGGCCCGCCGCCGCCUUCCACACAUCAGCGAUAACGAACCUCCUAGCAACAUCUAUAGACAGGCUCGAGGUGCUGAUUGAAGCGCGAGGUAUGCGUACACUCCGACUGGCGUCACUGCUGCUGCAGGUGGAGACCCUACCAAUUAAAGCAGACUUACUCAGGACUCACCUCUCCAGUCUCAACCAGCGCAACACAGCAGUUGCCUCCUUGCUCGAGCAGAUGCAGCAGCUGGCUGCAGGCACGCAGCAGCUGACAUCAGCUGCUGCUCGCAGCAAAUUCCUCUCGCAUGCAGUGCAGGUCCUUAGGGGAGAGCCGCAGCAACAACAGCUGCGGCAGCAACUGCAGCAGCAUCUGCAACAGCAGACAGAAGGAGCUGUGCACGUCGCACCCACCUCUCUUGGAGAAAGUGACGAGCUGGCUGAAGAUUUGCAGCCACAACAGCAGCAGCAGGAUGGCGCGGAGGAAGGCCUGCCGGAAGAAGGAAGUCGGUAUUUGCUUGCCCUCAUUUGUUAUCUCCAGCGGAUUGUGCAGCUCCAAACAGAAGCGAAACGCAGGUUGUAUCUCAAACAGAAGAAGCCGCAACCGCGACAGCAAACGCAGCAGCAACUGCAGCAGAGGCGGCACCAAACGGGACAGCCGCAUGAACAGUCGGGUAGGGAGCAGCAGCUGCUGGAAGAGGAGAAUCAGAAGCAGCAGAAGGCGCAGCUAAACGAAGAGAGCCACCAGCGGGUGCAGCCGGUUGCUUUGGAGGAGGUAGAGCAGCAACAGCAGCAGCUGCAGCAACAACAGCAGCAGCCGCUGGAUGAGGAGACACAGCUGCAGCUUCACUUUGAAGACGAGAUGGAGCAGCAGAAGCAGCACGAUGAGAAGGAGGAGGAGGAGCAGCAGCAGUGCGAUGGGGGGGAGGAGAAGCCGCAGCAGGACAAGCGGGAGGAGGAGGAGCAGCAUGAGAAGCAGAAGGAGCAGCAGCAGCGUGAGGAGGAGGACGAGGAGGAGCAGCACCAUGAGGAGAAUGCGGAGGAGGAGCAGCAGCUGUUCGGUUUGCUGUUUGCAUCUCCAGAAGAUUUAAUAUCAGAAGUCUUGUACACCCUUGAGGGGCAGCAGGAGGCGCAGCAACUUGCUGCUCUGCUGCAGACCGACCUAGUGGGAGUGUUGCUGCACGCUGCCCUGCCGCUCUACCCGCUGCUGCUCACCAGCAGCAGCAGCAGCAACAGGUGGCCUUCACCUAUGCCUGCAUCUCGCAUGGCUCUUCGAAGGGACUUGGUGCUAUUUUUGGGCUCUCUCGAGAAGCAGACUUACUCGCUACGCCGUGAUGCUUCUGCGGCCUGCAGCAGCAGCAGCAGCAGUGGUAGCAGUUGCUGUAGCAGCAAGUGUGGCGGAAGGGUUUCUAUUCUUGGUCCUCUUGCAAUAGCUGAGAGGUGCAGUGAGCUGUGGCCUUCAGGACAGCUGCUCCAGCUAGCACAACAGCAGCUUUGCUGCUGCUGCAGCUCCUUGCGUCUCUGGCUAGCAGACCGACACAGAUGCUGGCGGAUUAUAAAGGCUACUGGGGCUAUACAAGCAGCGACAGCAGCAGCCGAAGCAACAACAACAACAGCAGUAGGACCUGCAGCAGCAGCCCUGGCAGCAACAGAGGAUCGCUGGAGUAGACAUCUGGAAGCUGUGUCGGAUGAUGGCCAAGCAGCAAUCGAGCUCUGCUUUGCUGCUGCAGCCAGAGCGUGGAGUGUAAAGGGACAUCUGCAGCAAGCCAUGCAGGUUGCCGAUGCUCAGCUAUCUCCAGACACUGAGCUGCAGCAGCUGCUAAUUAGCUGCGUAAUAGAGCAGGCUCUCCAGCAGCAACAGCAGCAGGUACAGCAGCAGGUGGUGGGACUGAAGACGGGACAGGAGGCGGAUGAAACAUUUUCGCUGCAGAAACAGGAGCGGCACACAUCUCCGGAACAGCAACAACAACAACAGCACCCGAAGCAGGAAGAAGUUGCUACUUUCCUGCAACAAGCCUCUCCGUGUGCCUCGACAGCAGCAGUUGCUGCCUGGCCCCUUGACGCUGCUUUGCGACUUCCUGCUGUGGAGCCAUCAACAGCAUCAAACCCUGAACCAGCAGCAGCAAACACAGCACCAACACUAGCAGCAGUGGCAGCAGCAGAGGCAGCAGCAGCAGCAGAAGAGUGCGGCGCAGCAGCAGGAGACCAAGAGGAGUUGUCCCUCCCAGACUGUCUCAUGAGACUGAGCAGCGCAGCAGCAGCAACUCGGAACGCUUUGCAGCUGUCUGCUGCUUGGCCUGUCCAGACAUGUAUAAAUACUGUAGCCUUUUGCCAGGCGCGACUGCAAGAAGAAGCAGCAGCUCUGCAGCAGCAGCCAUCUGAGCCAUUCCAAAGGGAUGCAUCCAACGGGAGCAGCAGCAACACCAGCAGCAGCACUGCAUGCCGCUGCUUAGAACAGCAUCCUCUCCUCGCUGCCUUGGAGCACACCGCAAGGCACGGUACCGCGACAGCAGCAGAAGCAGCAGCAGCAGAUGCUGUUGACGUGGCUGACAGCGAAGAUGCCGCCUUUGGGGGCUCAGCAGAAGAACGAGCAGCAUCAGCAGCAGCAGCUGCUGCCGCAGUGGCGCUGCGUGCUGUCUCGCAGGUCCAGCAGCAGCUGCGGUGCUGCAAUAGUGGGCCUUGUUUGCUGCUGCUGCUGCAGACCCGCGGGUGUCUGUACACCUGGAGGAGCUACAGUGCAGCAAUGGAAGCAAGCAAAGACACUUGGAGAACAUGGAGGGACCUCCACGCCGACAUGCAAACUGAAAAGGGCAUUCAAAAUGUGGUGCGCACUUUAGCUGCCUGCAACGGCUACGCAACUGCUAGGGCUCUCCUGAAGCUGCUCCCAGGCGCUCCUGUCUCCCCUUCUGGGGGGUUGUCCUGUUUGCCGCCAGCUUGCAAACCUGGCAGCGAGGUAGCUAGCUAUCUGCAAGAAUGGCUAGCUGAGGCGGAGCUGAAGCAGCUGCUGUCGCUUCCAGGUUUCCAAGGAGCAGCGACACGGCGGCUGCUGUCUCUUAGCAGCAGCAGAGCAACCCGAGUCGCCUUGCGGCUGCUGUCUCUUAGCGGCAGCAACAACAACUGCAGCAGCAGGGGCGAAGUGACGCUGCCGCUGCAGGGGGGGUUCCCGCAGGUUGCUGGUCGUCUUUAUUUGUGCGAGCUCUUGCAGGAACAGCAGCAGCUGUCAGCUCAUCUAACGAUGCAGCAGCAGCAGGAACUGCAGCAGCUGAUGGCUUCUUUGCAGCUGCUCCAGCUGGUUGAAACCCAGGUGGCUAGACACCGGGAGCCGCUGCUCCAGCACCCCGAGCUACUUCUCGAGAGCCUUAUUCUGAAUUCUAGGACGGAGCUGCUGCAGCAAUUUCUCCUAAAGUGGCCUUUGCUUAGAGACAACGAUCUGCUUCUGGUGUAUGCGCGGAAGGCCUUGGGACUACGCCCUUCUGCUGCUGCUGCUGCUGCAUCGAACCCUGCAGCAGCAGCAGCACCAACACUGGCAUGUCAAGAUUCUUGCCGCGUCGCACCAAUAACAUCAGCAGCAGCACGAACAAGAGGACCAACGACAGAAGAAGCAGAAGCAACAACAGGAGACGACGCUGAUUUGCCUCCUGCUAGUUGGGGUUUUGGAGGCCGUUGGGUUCUAACAACUAACGCAGAGACCAACAACAGAAUCCGUUCUGCGCAUGCAUUUAAUCCUCUUCCUGCUGUUGCUGUUGCGCUGCAGCUGCUGCAGCUGUUGGGGGAAAACAGCAGCACAGCUGCAGCUGGCUUCCUCCAAAUAUGCACAGAGGUAGCGUCGCUGUUGCGGCUUGCUUUGUGCAGACACCCCAUGGCUGCAUGCGGCUCGCCUUCUGCUGCUGUUGCCCAGACUACACCUCAUCCAGGUACAGAAGCAGCAGCAACAGCAGCAGCAACAGCUGCUGCUUCUACCUCUUCAGCUCCAGCCACGUACCCACAAGAGGCUAAUCGCAUUGAGCGAGCACAGGUUUCACCACUAAAGGAGGAAGAUAUACCAACGGCAUCAGCAGCCGAUACAGCAGCAGCUGAGGCAGCAAUGGCAGCAGCAGAAGACGGAGAGCCAAUCACAAGACCGUCUUCCCCGAGCGCAGCCGCAACUGAAACUGCGUCUACUGCUGCAGCCGAGGCAAGGUCAUCUCGAAUCUCCAGCAGCAGCAGCAGCAGCGUGGGGCCAACACGUCAGUCAUGCAGCACUGCCUACAACAGUUUUGCUGCUUUGCACUGCCAGCGGUCUUCGUUUGCUGCGGUUUAUGGACAGCUUCGAGGCAAAGGGUCAAUUCGGCAUUCCAAUGCAUUGCCUUGUACUCUUAGAGAACAACUCAAGAGGCUUCAUCCUGCUGCUCCUGCUGCUGCCACAGGUGUGGUUGCAGGUCCUGCUGCAGCAGAUGCUUGCUCAGCGAAUGCAAAGGCUGCCGCCCCUGACGCUGUGCAAGCAACAGAAGGUGGGCCUGUUGAGGGAAGUACAGCCUCACCUGCUGCUGCUGCAUCUAGUUCUGCUGCAGGGGCUGGAGCAACGGGCCUCCCUGCUGCUGCGGACGUUGCACAAACAACAGACGUAGCAGCAACAACGGCUUCUGAUACUGCUGCUCUGAUGCUGCAGAAGCACGAGGGAGAGAAGACUGGUGCUGCUGCAGCAGACACAGCAGUACUAGGAGGGGCAGAAGGAACAUCACAGGGGGCUGAGUGUUUGCCGUUGUCACUGCUGCCGUACGGGGCGUUGAUGGGUCUGCUGCAGCAGCUGCUGCAGCAGUGUCUGAUAAAAUUUGGGGCUUUCCGAUGGGUUCGCGCUCGCGUGCUGCUGCUGCAGCAGCUGCUCCCGUUUCUUGCUGCUCUUUGGAGUCGCUGUUCCUUCACACCCCCCAUUGAGGUGCUGCUGCAGCCGCGCACUGCAGCAAAAGUUCGAGACCUGCUGCUGCGGCGCGAUGAGCUUUCUCUUGCGUGGAGGCUCUGCAGCAGCUAUUUCAACGCUGCCCUGCUGUUGGUUCAGCAGCAGCAGCAAAAAGAACAGCAACAGCCGCAGCAGCAACAACACAAAAUUGCAGUGCCCAGGAUUGCGCAUGCAACGUCUACGGCUCCUCAAGCAAGUGUCCCCGUUGCUGCUGCCGCUGCUGCUCCCACCGUAGCAGCAGCUUCAGCCAGAGAACAAGCACCAACAGGUGCAGAAACAGCAGAGAUUGAUGAGAGACUGGCGGAGACAAUAGGCACCUUGAGGUUCUAUCCGGUUGUUGAAGUCAGAGUUGUCUCUCUUUGCCGCCUUGGCAUGUUUGCUGCUGCUCGCUCCGCGCUGCAUGCAGCGUUGUCUCUAAACAUGGAGCAGCACAUGCUACAGCAGCACCUGCUGCAGCAACACCUGCUGCAGCAGCACCUGGCUGCUGCAGCAAUCGCCGCUGCGGCGUCUCCACAAGGACAACACGCAGAGGCCCAACAGAUGCACCAGGAAACGGAUCCUGCACUAACCCCCAGCAGCAGCAUGCAGCAUAAACAGUAUGUGCAAGCCCUGCAGCAGCCGCAGCAGCAGCAAAAGGAAUAUGGUCUUGCUGUUGGCGAGGCGAGAAAUGAAGUGCUGCAGGAGCUAACAGCAGCGCUUGUUACGAAGACAAAGAGCUGCCGUGCCUCCGCCACAUUGAUUGUCUGUACAGCCCAGCAGCAGCAGCAGCAGGGGCAGCAGCCGACGUUCUGUGCUAUUGAGUGGAGUAGCCGGAGCAGCACGCACAGGUUGCCAGCUUCUAUUGGGGCGACACUGUACUCUCGUCAGCAGCAGCAGCAUCAUCGGCCGUGGGGGCUUGCAGAAAAACAGUUGCUUCGACAAGUGCUGUCACGGCUACCUCCACUAGAAGCUACUGCCGCUGCUGCUGCAGCUGCUGCGGGUCAUCGGAGCACCGCAGCAAAGCAGGCUCCUGCACAGACAGGGGAUACAACAGCGGCGACAGCAGCCGCCGGUUCUGCUGCUGCACAGGGAAGCAGCAGCAGCACCAGCAGCAUCACCCGCCGUCGCAGCGGGACGGCUGGUGCAGCAACAACAACGGGAGUGCCUACUGGGUCGCCGUCUUCUGGAGGACCCAUCUCAGCAGCUCAUCUUACCCAGCAGCAGCAGCAGCUAAGCAGCAGUUGUCUUGCCGCCUUGGAGGCGGGGAUGAUGAGGCCACAAAUUGUCUCCUUCCUUGCACUAAAUUAUUAUGUGCGGGGUCUCUCUUUUUUGAUUACCCACAGAAGAACUUACGGCCUGCCCUUUGCCUGGCCUGUGACUUCGUUGGUGCUGCCGCAGUCUGCUGCUGCUGCUGCUGCUGCAGCAAAUGCUGCAGCAGCUGCUGCUAGGGCUGCCAGGGCAGCCAGCGGGAGCAACAGCAGCCACAGCAGCAGCUUCCGGCCGCGGCUCCCUCCCCUGCCUCGGGGCAUUUCUGCUUCAGUCUCUGCUGCUGUUGCUUCGGAGCGACGGGUUGCUGCAGCAGCAGCAGCAACACAGCUGCAGCUACUGCUGCCUCCUGUGCAUGCAGCACUUCAACUCGCUACCCUCCCACUGGGCAACGGGCCUUCAGUCAGCGCUGACCUGCAGCUGCUGUGGGGUCAGUUGCGGCAGCAGCAACUCCAACAGCAAAUGGAGGAACAGCAACAGCAGGAGCUACAAAUGCAGCAGCAGCAUAGUCAUGAUUCAAGCAUACCGUCAUCGGGAGAUCGAAGCCAGCCGCAGCAGCAGCAGGAGCGUCAACACCAGCAGCAUAUGCUGACACUGCGGCACGGUGCUGCGGGCUCUCAAUCGCGGUCUGUACAGAGCCUGUUGCUGCAUCCCGGUAGCAGCAGCAUCAGCUAUAGCUCGGCUUCUGCUGAUGCUGGUGCUGCUGUCUUUGAAGGAGGCUGUUGGGUUCGGGGGCUUGUAGCAGCAGCAGACAACUACCUGCGAUGUUAUCUACACCCGCAGUGGAGCGGCAGCGGCAGCAACAGCACCGUAGAUAUCACCCGAUGCGUGUCUUCUAUCGCCCUUCCGCACUGUACAAACAGCAGCCGCAGCAACAGAAGCAGUAACUGCAUCGGCAACAACAUCAGCAACAGCAACAGCAACAGUAACAGGAAGGGAACACCAGCAGCAGAAGCAGCUGUGCUGUAUUCUAUGCCUUAUCUUCGCUGCAGUCUUUCUGAUGACGACUACAGCAAAUUCGCGCAGCAAGAGCAGCAAGGCAUAGUUGCCGCGUCGGAAUUGAGUCUCCUCUACAAAACAUUCGGUAGCUUUCGCUGUUUGUUUGUCUCCCUUGUCAACUCGGAUCGUCUGCCUGAGGCUGUUGAGCUGCUGUUGUCUCCCGCCGCUUUUGCAGCGUUUGCUGCUGCUUCACCGUCUGCUGCUAUUGUUGACAGUAGUACUUUGACUUCCGGCAUUUCUUUAGCUUCUGCCACUACUGCUGCUGCCGCUGUUGUAAGUACUACUCGUGUCUGCAGGGCUGCGCCAACAGAAGGUUUGAAGCAGCAGUGGAAGUAUCCGGAUGUAGCAGCACCCGGUGCUGCUGCUGCUGACGCUGCAGGCGAUGGUGCACGACUAGUCUACCAGGAGCAGCAGCAACAGACGAUGCCAGCAGUAGCAGCAGCAGCAGCAGCGGGUCCAGGGGAGCUCACACAGUCGGCAGAAGUCACAGCAGCAGGAAGAAGGACCGCUGGGCUGCAGAACAGCUGCAAGGAAGCAGUGGGAGAAAGCACAGAUGCAGUAACAGCAGCAGCACCAGCAAUCGAGACGAGGCUGCAUCGGCGAAGGCGAGAGGAAAGAGGACCAAGGCUGCUGCUUCUCGCUGAUGAAAGGGACGUGUCUCUCGAGGAAGUUGAUGAGCGUGAUCUGCUGGAGCUUCUGGAUCUGGUGGUGUUGCAGCAGCAGUGCUGCUGGGCGGUGCCGAGCUGCUGCAGCAACUGGUCAUUGCUGCUUCAACAGGAGGAGCAGCGUGUGCGACUUUGCGUAUUGCUGCUGCUGCAGCAGCAGCAGCAGCUUGCUGCCCGCAUGAAGGAGCUACUGUCUAAUGCCAGGAAGCAUUUGUCUGCUGCCGAGUUUGACGCAUUGGUAUGUAGCGCAAUUAGGGGGUGGGUGCUGCAGCAGCAACAGCAGAAGCAGAAUCAGCAGCAGAAGCAGAGCGUUGUGAAGAUGAAGAGCGACAGCCUGCAGGAAGCCCUUGGCCUGGUGUCUCUGAUUGCAUCUCCCGUUUCGGCCGGCGAAACGAGGGUAUUUCUGGCUACUGUGUCGCUGCAGGAGCAGCAACAGCAGCGUCAGCAGCGGCCAGUUGGGACUACGUCUUCCUUCUCAGGUAGCUCAGAGCCUUUGUUUGCAAUUCAACAAUUAAAACAUGCCGUUGAGGUAGCCACGGAGUUUAAGAAUGAACAACUGCUGGAACUCUGCAGAGAGGCAGCACAAGAGGCAGCCGACACGGCCCUUAAGGACCUCAUACAGACCAAGUUGGUACAGCUGCAAACAAGCAGCAACAACACCGGUAGCAGCAGCAACAGCAGCAGCAAAGGCCAGAGCAAAGCCAAAAAGUAA